AUGAGUGAACAAGACAACAACAACGAUGGUGGAUCUAAUGAUACCAAUAAAUUGGUCAUUGGUUUAAAGAAUGGUCUUGUUUUAUCGACUGAUAACAAUAAUAACAAAGAUACAAGUGGGUCUUCACCAAUGAGUAAUAGUCCAAGUAAUAAUAGUAAUAAUAAUAAUAAUAAUACAUUUAAACCAGUUGCACCAAAUAAAUCUGGUAAUAGAUCAGGUGCAUUAUCUCCAUUUGGUGUAAAAGAUAAACAAGUACAAAAAUCUGUAUCAUUUUCACCUAUGGUUGUAGAGUUUGAAUCAACAUCAUCAUCUGUAAAUAGUAGUAAUAAUGUCAAAUAUAAUAGUUUUAAUAAUAGUGAACUGACUGCUGACAGUAUCAGCAAUAACAAUAAUAAUAACGAUAAUACAAAUAAUAAUAACGAUAGUACAAAUAGUAAUAAUAAUAAUAAUCAAAAUAGUAAUAAUAAUAGUAAUAUUAAAUUGAAUAGUUUAAAUCAACUUAGUUCACAAAAUAUCAAUAGUUUUAUAGAUAAUUUAAAUAGUGUAUCAAACGAAAGAAAACAAAAGUUUAACAAACUGGGAGGAAAUUCAGAGAUAUUCCAAUUCGAUGAAGAAUAUGAAGAGGAAUUACAAGAGAUUGAAGAUAAGAAACAAGUAGCUCUACCAGUUCAACAACAACAAACUGCAACCGGAGACAAUGGAUCAUCGGGAGUAGAGGCAUCUUCUUCAUCAACAUUGUCUGAUGACGAUGACGAGCCAUCUGCACCAAGUAGUAGAGCUCAACACGAUGCCAACCGAUCACGUAGUAAUGGUCUUGUCCAAGAUUUGAAAUUGGGUACUUCAUUGCCCGUUCAAAUCCCUUCUCGAAUGGCUCAAGCCUUGAAACAACAACAACAACAAUCGGUUCAAAACCAAAAACAAUCAACUCUAUCUUCAACAUUAUCAUCAACUUCGACAAUGCAAUUAUCUAGUACAUAUAAUAAUAGUAACAACAAUAAUAAUAAUAAUAAUAAUAAUGGUAGAGUAAUCGAUCCUAAAAACACUCUUGGUAAUAUGGAUUUCAAUUAUCAAUCUGAAAAUGAGAAAAAGAAAUAUGUUACACCAAGACAAUCUUGGGUUGAUACCUUUAAAGAAAAAGGUGAUGAUAUGGCUGCUUCAUUUGCUGUUCCAAUGUCUCUAAGUAGAAAACCAAAAUCAUUUAUAUAA